AAGCAGGGUGGAGGGACAGUUUGGCCCCUCAUUCAAUGCUUUACCAAACUCCCUAUCCUUUCCUCUUUCCAUUUCAUCCCUUGCCUUCUUCCUCCAUCCCUUUCCCUCAGCUACUCACUCUCUCUUCUUUUCCUAAUAUCUUUUCCUCUCUGCCACCCAUGGAAGCAGCCUUGAAGACCAAUUUCAGAAAAGAACAAACUCCACAAAACUUCGUAGAGGAGUUUAGUGCGCCAAAUGCCACCUCUUCUGACGACUUUUACGUUGACGACUUACUUGACUUCUCGCACGUCCAAGAAGAACCAGAACAACAAGACCCUGCUUUUCUAUCCCUUCAACAACAAAACCACGCCCGUCAACCAUCUACUUUCGAACCCGACUACGUCUCUGUUCCCGCUACCGAGCUAAGCGUUCCGGCGGAUGACGUGGCGGACUUGGAGUGGCUCUCUCAUUUCGUGGAGGAUUCCUUCUCCGAAUUCUCUGCGGCCUUCCCCACCGUAACGGAGAACCAGAUGGGGUUCAAGGCGCAAGAGGCCAAGCCCGAACCGGAAAGCCCGCAUUUCCGUUUCAAAACCCCGGUUCAGACGAAGGCCAGAAGCAAGCGAAGCCGUAACGGUGUUCGGGUUUGGCCACUGGGUUCCCCUUCCUUCACGGAGUGUUCCUCAAGCUCCACCACCACCUCCUCCUCCUCCUCCUCUUCCUCCCCUUCCACCACCACCUUGCUUAUAUACACCAACUGCCUCCAAAGUUUAGACCACGUUUGUUCUCAGCCCAAGCCCAAAAAGCCCAAGAAGAAAACCUCCUCCGACACUCUGGCGCCACGACGCUGCAGCCAUUGCGGCGUGCAUAAAACCCCUCAAUGGCGAACUGGGCCGCUCGGCCCAAAGACGCUCUGCAACGCCUGCGGGGUCCGUUUCAAGUCGGGCCGCCUCUUACCCGAAUACAGGCCCGCUUGUAGCCCAACAUUCUCAAGUGAAUUACAUUCUAACCACCACCGUAAAGUGCUGGAGAUGCGGCGGAAGAAGGAGACGGUGGCUGGGGUUGAGAGUCUUGAGACCAUAACCCCUGCUUCUGUUCCCAGUUUUUAAUUUUUAAUUAAUUAAAUAAAAAAGAAAAAGAGAAAACUAGGUGAGAAAGGUAGCGCAGACUUAAGACCCGGUUCAAUGGGACCCGAGUUUUAGUGUACAUUUUUCCCCUUGUAUUGAGUGCGGUAGGUGUUAGGCUUUGUAACUGAUUACAAGACUUUGAUAUGCAAUUUCUUUUACCAAU